AUGACAAACGCUACCGUCGUUGACGCCGCUCCCUGCUCCACCCUCUCUUCUCCCACUACUUCCGAGGCCACUAGUAUCAGCAAUUUCUCUCCGCCAACACCUGCACUUGAUAACCCCGACCAGGCCCUGCACCAUGGCAUGGCCUCUCCCGACCCAAAGGUCUCCGUGGGUGACUCGAUUCUUCACCUAUAUGCACACCACCUAGGCUCACUCCAUGCGGAUGACGAGACCCAUGCUGUCCACAGCAUCACCGGACGUGAUACUGCGGCUGACGACGAGACAGUGCUGAACACCGUCCUCAACCUUGCAAACAAUCGGCCGAGCCAUUUUGUCAGGCCAUCGUACCUCGCUCAUCAUCCCUCCGCGCCUGUACCGAAACCUCUCUCCCUCCCAAAGCCUCUUAUAACCCAUCGCAAGAACACCAAGUCAAUAGACAUACCCAGGCAAACAAUCAUGAAGGCGCUGGCCUCACGAGGACCAGCCACAGGCCCCACGACUGCGCCGCUGGGGGGGAGCCCUUUUACAAAUAUAAAUAACGGAAGAGACGCUGAAGAACAGAGUCUUGCAGCAGCGGGAUUGUCUCCCUGUACCACGGCUACAUUGUCUGCCAUGCAACCGAGCGCAUUCUCGGGCUGUUCACCAACUUCGACGAGUUUCCUGCGGUCGCCGUGUUUCUUCCACCAACGAUUUGAUGGGAUAGUGGACGUCCAGAAAGUGCUAGAUGAGAUUGCGGAAGACGACUACUCACAUUCGAGGCUGAUGCAGACCGCCAUCGGAGUGCGAGAGGUAUCAAAACAACUCCAGCGGAAACCGCUGAAGCGCGCGGUGCGCAACGUUAUGAUAGUGACCAAAGCGCGCGAUAACAGCUUGGUGUAUCUUACGCGAGACCUGGCCGAAUGGCUGCUUUCGACUCCUCGAUACGGCAGCGACGUGGGUGUCAAUGUUUACGUUGAUGCCAAACUCCAACACUCCAAGCGGUUUGAUGCUCCAGGUUUGCUCAAGAAGGAACCCAGGUUCGAGCAGAUGCUGAAUUAUUGGACGCCUGAUCUGUGUUGGUCCUCUCCGGAAAUGUUCGACCUGGUUCUGACGCUGGGUGGUGACGGGACAGUUCUUUUCACGUCGUGGUUGUUUCAGAGGGUUGUGCCGCCCGUCCUGUCUUUCUCCCUGGGCAGUUUGGGGUUCUUGACGAAUUUCGAAUUCGACAAGUACAGGGAGCAUCUCGACCGCGUGAUGGGUGAUUCUGGUAUGCGGGUGAAUCUCAGGAUGCGCUUCACCUGCACAGUAUGGAGAGCCGAUCGGUCACCCGGAGCCGAGAAAGGUGCAGUUGAAGAAGGAGAGCAAUUCGAGGUGUUGAACGAGCUGGUUAUUGACAGGGGUCCUUCUGCAUAUGUCUCAAACCUAGAGCUCUAUGGGGACGACGAGCUCUUGACGAUUGUUCAGGCCGACGGAUGUAUCUUCUCCACGCCGACUGGGUCCACAGCUUAUUCCCUAUCUGCAGGAGGUUCCUUGAUACAUCCGUCCAUCCCUGCCAUCCUGUUGACCCCUAUAUGUCCACACACCCUCUCUUUCCGACCGAUGGUCCUCUCCGACACUCUUCUGCUGCGCAUCGCCGUCCCAAACAAAUCUCGGUCUUCAGCGUACUGCUCGUUCGACGGAAAGGGCCGCGUGGAGCUCAAGCGGGGAGAUUAUGUCACUCUUGAAGCGUCCCAAUAUCCCUUCCCGACUGUCAUGACAGGCACCAACGAGUGGGUGGAAAGCGUGCAGAGAGCGUUGAGGUGGAAUGUCAGAGGAGCCGUCCAGAAAGGCUGGGAGGAGGGAGAUGAUGAGGAGAAUGACCAGGUCGAGGAGAAAUGGGAUAUUGACAUGGAUCCCAGCGCUGCCGGUGGUACCGACAGCGGCAUUGGUCCAAGUGAGGACGGUGAUCACGUCGCCAGUCCUCUCCCCAGACAAAUGAGUCUGCUGAACAUGUGA